GCUUUUUUUAUAUGCAUGCGUGAGUACGUACCACCUCUUGUAUCUGCAUACUCCUCUAUAAAUAGACAUUCAGACUUCCCUAAAUUAAACACAAAUCUUUCUUGAGAGCAAAGUGUAUCCUUCCAUUAUUUACUAUACUUCAGGAGUUCAGACAUCUUCAAGCUUGCUAGUCAAGAAUGGCUUCUGCACAACAAGGUCGUAACAUAGCCCAACUCAAUGACAAGCAGAAAGCAAAGGUUGCUAAGGCAAUCAUUGAGGCAAAAAAGGUUCUUGCAAACAAGAACCAAAUUGCAAACUCGAGCCAGGAUCAGCUCGCUAAGGUCGCAGGAAUCGUGCAUAAUGAUCAGUCGCGGCCAAUAAUGUUAUUGGACACCCACGACUAUCUAGGAAAGUUUGCAGCCAGACCACCUCAGGGUAUCCUUCCACUUGAUAACGCUGCGUUUGUGCACGAGGGUGUACUUCUUCCAUUUGAUCCGACUCCACCAGCAGUCUCCAAGGCUGCAAUCAAGUAUACUCACAAAGCUUCGAAUGAGAAUUCUGAUGGUGAACUUGGAUGGCUCUUAGCUUGGUACAAGCCUUUGGAUGCUGAAAAAUCUAGUAAGAUCUAUGUGGAAGCUGGGUCCUUUGAUAAGAUCUCAAAGAUGGGUUGGCCUGAAAUUGAAGAAAAGCUUAAUGCAUCUGGGAACACAAGUCGUUACUGGGACAGCGAUACACCUGCUGCAGCAUCUGCUAGAAUCGAGGACGAGGGCAACAAAAUUGCUUUUAUUGGUUGUGACUUUGAGAUCAUAAAUAGUUCUCCUAAUUAAGUCGGCCACUCAAAUAAGUACUAUAACAGUACUGUAUCGUCAUAUAUUAACUUAUGUGAUCGAUCUACCUAAUUUAGCAGCCAAGAAGCACUAAGAUGUUUACAACUUCAUACUUAGCAUCGUUCUCUAUGAUGCAACUACUAUCCUAAUGUAUAAUAUACUUAUGAAUAAAAAUGCCCUCUUGGUUUUGUGUUU